UAAAGCAUUAUGGGUAAAUCUCAUCUCUCUUUCCGGUUAGUACGCCAUCAAGUGAGGCAUCAUGGGAGCGUACAAGUACAUGCAGGAGCUAUGGAGGAAGAAGCAGUCGGACGUGAUGCGGUUUCUGCUGCGUGUGCGGUGCUGGCAGUACCGGCAGCUGUCCUCCCUCCACAGGGCUCCGAGACCCACCCGACCCGAUAAAGCCCGCAGACUGGGAUACAAGGCCAAACAGGGCUACGUCAUCUACCGUAUACGUGUGCGCCGUGGAGGUCGCAAGCGCCCCGUGCCUAAAGGUGCCACGUACGGCAAACCCGUGCACCACGGCGUCAACCAGAUCAAGUUCGCGCGCAGCCUGCAGUCCGUCGCUGAGGAGCGCGCUGGCCGUCACUGCGGGGGUCUGCGGGUGCUGAACUCUUACUGGGUCGGUGAAGAUUCCACAUACAAGUUCUUUGAAGUGAUCCUCAUUGACACCUUCCACAAAGCCAUCCGGCGCAACCCCGACACGCAAUGGAUCACCAAGGCUGUGCACAAGCACCGGGAGAUGCGCGGGCUCACGUCCGCUGGCAAGAAGAGCCGCGGUCUGGGCAAGGGCCACAAGUUCCACCUCACCAUCGGCGGCUCUCGUCGCGCGGCCUGGAAGAGACGCAACACCCUGCAGCUGCACCGCUACCGCUAAACCGCGUGUGCUACAACUGUACAUUUAUACUAAUAAAGUACCUUUCUAUGGUCA